AUGGCAGCGGUAACGUCUUUGCCCGAGGUCAUUGACCUCACCCUUGACUCCGACGAUGACAGCGAUGAAAACACCAAGCCGGCCUCCGUUCUCACUCCCACCAGCAUCGUCUUCAACACCCAUCCGCCGCCCCUCUCCCAACCCAUCCAGCGCCUCCCCCCCUCCGUCGGCCCCUCCCUCACCAAGCUCUCCCGCGCAGACCACCGCACGCUCGUCGAGAAGCGCACCUGGCUGCAGACGCACAAGGUGGCCGUUCCAUCCAUCUGGCGCGCGGCUCCGUCGUCUUCGCGCGCGAGCCGUCACAAGGCCACUCCCUGCAACGACACCGUAGCCAGCACCAACAGCAGCAGCAGCAGCAUCGCGACUGGUACCCCCGUCGACGCAACCCUCGUCUUCGCCCAGCAAGAGGCCGGCACCGCCGUCUGCCUCUCCCCGCGCGGUCUCCUCCUCACCUGCGCCCACUGCAUCGCCGACUCCCCCGACGACCUCUCCUUCGCCCGCACGCACUGGCUGCUCUUCCCCUCCGGCGCGCUCGUCGCCGCCGUGGCAAUCGCCUGGGACCCGCACCGCGACCUCGCCCUCUUGCUCGUCACGCGCUGCUCCGCGUCUCCGUCCCGGGCCCUGGUCGUCCCGGAGCAGCUGCCCUUCCCGCACGUCCGCGUCGCGCCCUCCGCCCCCCGUCCCGGCGCCCCCCUCGUGUGCAUCGGCCACCCCGCCGCCGAGGACCUCGAGCACCCCGUCGCCGGCACGCAGACGGGCUACGACGUCCUCGUCGUCAGCACGGGGUCCUACCGCGGCCUGGCCCCAGGCCCGAGCCCGAAUCCGAAUCCAGACCCAGACCAAGACCUGGGUUCGCACCCGGGCCAGUACCAAGACCCCCAGGACAACGCCGACAUUGGCGCCCUCAUGCACGACUGCUGGACCUACUGGGGCCACAGCGGCGCGCCCCUCGUCGAGCGCCGCGCCGCCGGGGCGCUCGUCGGCCUGCACUCGAGCUGGGACGACGAGACGGCCAUGCGCAGGGGCGUGCCGUGGGAGGCCGUCACGGCGUUCCUCGGCGAGUGCGGCGAGCGGUUCGAGGCCCAGGCGGCGGGCGACUGGCCUUGGUUCGUGAAAUGA